AUGGGAAAUGUCAGCCCGGUCGGCCCGCUGGCGUCCCUUGGCGAUUCGGCUUUUCGUAGUUUUCAAAAAACUAGCUGGGUUUUCUCUCACCGCCAAAAAAAAACCCUAACACCUCUCCCCUCCCCCCCCCCCCCGGCGUCCCUCUCUCGCAGCGAUUGGCACCGGAAAUGGACGGAACCCCCAAAAAAUCAAGACCCAAAUCAACCGCUGGGAGGCCCAAAACCUCGCCGGAGGUUCCCUCCGACGCCGGAAUCUGCCACUCCCCGCCGCUCCCUCCGCCGGAUCUCCUCCAUUUCUGAACCCAAAUCCCCUCAGACGCCGAUCCCCAGCGCGGCCAAGUUCCUCGCCACCGAUCGCCUGGAAACACCCCGAUCCGCCAGGAAAUCCAGGCGAUCUCUGCUUUGUUCCGAGAAGACGCCGUCCAAAGUCGCAACCUUCUCUCCGGUCACUCCCAACCCCCCAGAAUCAAAGAAGAGGAAACGGUCCGAACCUCCAGUGCCGAAGCCGAGAGCUUCGAGGACUCCAAAGAGGCGGGUGUACUAUAAGAAGGUCGUGUACGAUGGCGGGGAGUUUGCGGUGGGGGAUGAUGUGUAUGUAAAGAGGAGGGAGGGGGCGGAGUCCGAUGACGAGGACCCGGAGGUGGAGGCUUGCCGGACUUUCCAGUCCGGAGGGUCAAUGAUGAUAGAGUGCGAUGAUUGCUUGGGGGGGUUCCAUCUCAAGUGCCUGAAGCCUCCACUGAAAAAAAUUCCGGAGGGGGAAUGGAUUUGUGGGUUUUGUGAGGCUCGAAAAAUGGAGGAGGUCGUGCUCCCGAAGCCCCCAGAAGGGAAGAAGCUGAGCAGGACGGCAAAGGAGAAACUCCUUUCUAGCGACUUGUGGGCGUCCCGGAUAGAAAGUUUAUGGAAAGAAUCUGAUGGGAUCUACUGGAUGAAGUGCCGAUGGUACAUAAUCCCUGAAGAGACUGCAGUUGGGAGGCAACCUCAUAAUUUGCGGAGGGAGCUCUACCGCACAAAUGAUUUUUGUGAUGUCAAGAUGGAAUCUGCCCUUAGGCAUUGCUACGUUAUGAGCCCUAAGGACUUUAGAGAAGCUGACAAUGAGGGAGAUGAUGUAUUUUAUUGUGAAUAUGAGUAUGAUGUCCAUUGGCACAAUUUCAAGCGUAUCACAGAUAUUGAUAAUGAUGACGAGAAUGAUGAAGAAGCUGGAAAUGACGAGGAGUGGAAGUUUCCUAAGGAUUUGCACAGUGAUAUAGAUGAAGAUUCAGAAUAUGAAGAACAUACAACCAUCGAUUACGCUGAUCAGAAGAAUCUAACUCAUGAAUUGGCUGCGAACUCACACAAGGGAAGGAUAUUUGGUCUUCAAAGAAUUGGAAUAAAAAAAAUUCCAGAACACGUGAGGUCUAAGCAGACUGAUCUGGAAAAGGCAAAAGCAACGCUGCUGUUAGCAACUUUGCCGAAAUCAUUGCCUUGCAGAAAUAAGGAAAUGGAGGAAAUAGCUGCAUUUAUCAAAGGCGCCAUUUGUGAUGAUCAAUGUUUAGGCCGCUGCCUUUAUAUUCAUGGUGUCCCGGGAACUGGCAAGACUAUGAGUGUACUUGCAGUGAUGAGGAGUCUUAGGUCUGAAGUUGAUGCAGGAACUAUGAGACCCUAUUGCUUUAUAGAUAUCAAUGGUCUGAAGCUUUCUUCUCCGGAGAAUAUUUACAGGGUUAUUUAUGAAUCAUUAAGCGGUUGCAGGGUUGGAUGGAAAAAAGCUCUUCACUAUCUCAUUGAGCGAUUUUCAGAUGGCACUAAAGUUGGCAAAGAAGAGAACAAACCCUGUGUUCUGCUUAUAGAUGAACUUGAUCUUCUUUUGACCAGAAAUCAAUCGGUGCUUUACAAUAUUCUUGAUUGGCCCACUAAACCUCAUUCGAAACUUGUUGUCAUAGGAAUAUCAAACACUAUGGAUCUUCCAGAAAAGUUACUCCCACGAAUAUCAAGCCGAAUGGGGAUUCAGAGACUAUGUUUUGGCCCUUACAAUUAUCAACAGUUGCAAGAAAUCAUAUCAAGUCGUCUUAGAGGUCUUGAAGCAUUUCAAGAGCAAGCUAUUGAAUUUGCUUCCAGAAAGGUUGCAGCUAUGUCUGGUGAUGCUAGGCGUGCGCUGGAAAUAUGUAGGCGUGCAGCAGAGUUGGCAGAUUAUCGGCUCAAGCAAACGUCACGGUCCGAACAGUCAUCUUUCCCUGUUGAUAGUUCUUCUAAAGGAAAACACCUAGUUGGCAUGGUGGACAUUGAAGCUGCUAUACAGGAAGUGUUUCAGGCACCGCAUAUUCGAAUAAUGAAAAAUUGUUCAAAACUGAGCAAAAUUAUGUUGGUGGCUAUGGUGCAUGAACUCUACCGAAGUGGAUUGGGCGAAAUAACCUUUGAAAGGUUGGCAACAACUGUUCACUCUUUAUGCUCAAGCAAUGGAGAAGCUUUUCCUGGAUGGGACACGCUCUUGAAAAUUGGCUGUAAACUUGGUGAGAGCAGAAUAAUUCUUUGUGAGGAAGGCACAAAGCAUAGGUUGCAGAAAUUGCAGCUCAACUUCCCCAGGCAGGAAGAUGAGUUUGAACUAGAUGAAUGCUGGAUUGAGGUGAAAUUGAUGUCACAUUGUUUAUCUAGAUUUGUAAAAUCCUACCUGCUGGAAACUGCUGCAACGUUUGCUGAUUGCCAUGCCAUUCUCAAAUCCCAAUGGAUGCAGUUAUGUAAUCACUCUGCUCCAUGAAGCGAAUCUGCCGGAGCAUUUUUCACAGAUAAUGAAGUUCUUUUCUUUCCUUUUGACCCUUAGUUUGGUUUUGAAAGGCAUUGAAUUUGUACUUAGGCACAUAUAUUUACGACAGGUGGUUGUGGAAGUUUUUGAAAAGCAAUUAAGGUUAACAAAUUUCAAUUCCUCAAAAAUUGCAAUGUGCUUUUUCAAGAGUAGUGGUCUCAUAGGUGGUCAUGUAUUUUGACACAUUGGAUAUAUGCUAAUAUGAGGAUCUAAUGAACUGAUAGGCAUUCAUUUCCACCUGCAGGCUUUCUGGGUUGCUGGGCAAGAAUUUUGGAAUCCCCAAAACGGUGCAAUUUUCUUUUAUACGUAAGGCAGUUAGGAAUUGGCUCAAGUCACCCACUGCCUAAAGGCAUUGGCCACUGCCUGACUGCUUAUAAAGUAUCCAGCACAUAAUGGGCAUGCUGGAGUAUGCUCACUGCUAUCCUGCUGCUGCUCCUACCCCACAUAAACAUCGAUAGAUCCAUCAGAGUAUGUCGGUCUGCACCAUGGAUUCAAGUCACGGUGGGAUGUCCUAUGUGGCACCUUGUGGGGUACCAUCUAAUGUGUUGGGACAGGAACUUUGUUCCUUGUCUUUCUAUACCUUCUAUUCUGCUCAGCAACUUUAUAUCUACAAAAAUCAGAGCUGAUUGCUCACCUUGGCAGUGCCAAAUUAGUCAUUGCGACUCAUCAAAAAAUUGCAUCUGGGAGUGAGAUCUUCCAAGUCAGCGUGAUAUUGGAAGGAAAAAUUUGAACUCCACUGCCCUGCCUUUUGUUUGAGGCAACAAAUAUAUGAUCCUUGUGCAACGGGCAUCUGUUCUUUAAAACACCUAGUGAGUCCUCAAACAAGCCUUUGGCAACCCAGGCUCCUUUUGCUGAGAGAAAAGUUGCCUCCAAGGAUCAUUAUGCAAUUUAUAAUGCAAUAUCCAUUCCAAGAAUACUCCAUAAUCAUACUAGGAAAUUAGUUUCCUUGAUGAUCUGUAUUUGGAAGCAGAAUUGCAGCUACGUUGUUUAAAGAUUGGAUUUUAAUAAUCUGUUCACUUGA